AAGUAAACAGAAAUCGAGCUCGUUACGUUAGCCUGUGGCAGCAGGGAUGAGGAAACACAGCUGCUAGUCAACAGCAGCGGAGUCAACGGUGGCCCUGCUGAAACUAACCGAGAUUUAUUUAUAAGAAGACAUUCAACAAAAGGAAAGGCACAGAUGGAGAUGCUGUGUUUCCGGUUACCGGGCCACGGGGACACUACCCUGAAGCACCUGAAUGCACUGAGGUCCCGCCAGCACUUCUGCGACAUCACUAUUGUGGCCAGCGACAACCUGACAUUCAGGGGACAUAAGGUGGUGCUGGCUGCCUGCUCGCCCUUCUUAAGGGACCAGUUCCUCCUCAACCCGUCCCCCAAGCUUCAUGUGUCAAUGCUGUACAGCUCCAGAGUGGUGUGUGAUCUGCUUCAGUCUUGUUACACUGGCGUCCUGCAGUUUAACCCGGAGGAGAUUGUCAACUACCUGACCGCCGCCAGCUACCUACAGAUGGAGCAUAUUGUGGAGCGCUGCCGAGGAGCACUGAAAAAGUAUGUGCAUCUAAAAAGCCCCAGUCCAGGAAAGAUGACUACAGAGGAGAGUCAGGCCCGACUGUUGAUUGUCAACGGCAGCGUUCAGUCCGAUGCCUCUCCUCCCACUAGCCGAGCCUCCCCUGUGCGCUCACACAGUCCUGUAGUGCACUCAGUUGAGGAGAACAGCGGCGACAUGUCUACUCAGGGCAGCAGUCAACACCACGAUGAAAGUCCAGUGCUGGAUGAGCAGUGCAUUAAGGUAAAUGCAUCAGACGAGGAGGAAACGGCCAGACAGGAGGACUGUGAUGUGUACAGAGUGUACAUCUCUGAGGAAGCGCAGAUGAACAGAGACGCGGAGGAGGAGAGAGGAGCUCCCUCUUAUGGACCUCAGGAUGCAUGUUACCCAGAGACAGACGGUUUCGUGAUGGGAGGAGAAGGCGGUGAAUACGACUUGAAUCCAACAGAAGAGGAUCUCAGUGUGGGAGGACUUUCAGUGGAGGGGCUCCGCGCUCUCCGGCGCCGGCUGUCUGACCCUAAAAUUGGGCGGGGCAGAGGGAGAGGCAGGGGGCGGGGUUUUAAGAGGAGAAGGCUGGUGUCAUCGCAGGAGAAAAGACCCCCAGGCAUGGCUAACCACCAGGAUUUGUGGUACCUGGCGACUGCAGGGAUGGGAGGGAGUUUUGGCUUGGACUACAGCCAAGAAGGGCUUAAGACAGAAAACUACAUCUCAGCUGAACUCCCCAAGUUAGACUUUGGCAUGGGUGACACGCGGGGAGAAAAGGUCACACCAUUGGAUGGCAACAGUUUGAGCCAGUACGCCCUGGAGGAAUCCAGUUGCAGCGCUGGGGAGGGGAGUUCAGGGCUGACGACGGUUGGGACAAACGAGGGAGGGGACGAAUCCGUUGCAGUGGUGGGAUCCACUUCAAGCGUAGCUGGGCCUGUUAUCUGCGAGCACUGCGGCAUGACGUUCCCCUCCACCCACUCCCUAGCCAUCCACUCGCGCUCCACUCACCUGCUGUACUCCUGUCCCUGCUGUGGCAAACACUUCCACCACUCUGCCAACCUCACCCGACACAUGGCCGUGCACCGGGGCGCCGGCAAAACCCACCAGUGCCCCCUGUGCUAUAAGACUUUCACCCAGAAAUCCACACUGAUAGACCACAUGAACCUCCACAGCGGCGAGCGACCGCACCACUGCGCAUACUGCCACGCCCGCUUCGCCCACAAGCCCGCCUUGCGACGCCACCUGAAGGAACAACACGGAAAGACCACGGGGCAGAACUCACUACACGAGCAGGAGGAGAGGGAGAGAGAGGGGGCCGGAGGUAGAAUAAGAGAGGAAGAGCAAGAAUGCCUUGUUACUGAACAGGUGUCAUAGGG